AUGGCCAGCAACGAGUAUUACAACCAGGGCCCGCCGCAGGGCUACGGCCAUCCCCAGGCUCCUCAGCCCAGCUAUGGUCCCCCCCAGGGCGGCUACCAACAGGGCUAUGCCCAGCCGGGCUACAACCAGGGCUACCCGCCGCAGGGCCAGCCGCCGAUGCAGUACCAGCAGGCCCCUCCCCCCGACGACUCUCGCGGCAAGAAGGGCGGCAGCAACAACUGCCUGAUGGCAUGUAUCGCCGCGCUGUGCUGUUGCUGCGUUGCCGAGGAAGCGUGCGAGUGCUGCAUCGACUGCUGCGAGUGCUUCUUCUAA